CCGGCGGUAGCGGCGGCGGCAGCAGCGGUGGCGACAUGAGCAGCGGGGCGGCGUCCGGGACAGGGCGGGGGCGGCCCCGGGGCGGGGGGCCGGGGCCGGGGGACCCCCCACCCAGCGAGACACACAAGCUGGUGGUCGUGGGCGGCGGCGGCGUGGGCAAGAGCGCGCUGACCAUCCAGUUCAUCCAGUCCUACUUCGUGUCUGACUACGAUCCGACCAUCGAGGACUCCUACACGAAGAUCUGCAUCGUGGAUGGCACCCCAGCCCGGCUGGACAUCCUGGACACUGCGGGCCAGGAGGAGUUCGGCGCCAUGCGAGAGCAGUACAUGCGCGCCGGCCACGGCUUCCUGCUGGUGUUCGCCAUUAAUGACCGGCAGAGUUUCAACGAAGUGAGCAAGCUCUUCACGCAGAUCCUCCGAGUCAAGGACCGCGAUGACUUCCCCAUUGUGAUGGUGGGGAACAAGGCAGAUCUGGAGACGCAGCGCCAGGUCUCCCGAUCGGAAGCUUCUGCCUUCGGGGCCUCCCACCACGUGGCCUACUUUGAGGCUUCAGCCAAACUGCGCCUCAACGUGGACGAGGCCUUCGAGCAGCUGGUGCGCGCCAUCCGGAAGUACCAGGAACAGGAGCUCCCGCCGAGCCCUCCCAGCACCCCCAGGAAGAAGGAUGGGGGCUGCCCCUGCGUCCUUCUGUGACCUGGUGGGGGAGGAGCCACCAGCGUGAGCAGCUCUCGGGACCACCCCCCCCCCCCGGCACCUGCUGUGUGACUUUAGGCCCUCGCCGAGCCUCUGUUUCCUCAUACGGGCCUCCCAGAAUACACUACCCACUCCUCCCAUCACUGCCUGGCCCCCCAGCGGCCGGUUCCACUGUGUGCCUUCUGCCAGCACCUCCUCCCCAGGCCUGAACCCCUGUGGGGAGGGAGGCGCUCCCGGGCAUCCGGGUCACUGCUGUACAUAUCUCCCCAUCCCAGAAUAAUAAACAUCACUGCCAAUGUCAA